GAGCGUGCGUGGUUACGGAAGAAGACGUGGCGCCAGCUUUUUCUCGGCUAUCAACAAACUACCGCUAUCUAACGAUUAUUGAAUGAGGACAAGUGAUUUGCCAAUCGCUACACUUCCGACAAAAUGAUAUCUCUAACGGAUUCACAGAAAAUCGGGAUGGGGUUGACAGGCUUUGGCGUGUUCUUCCUCCUCUUCGGGAUGAUCCUGUUUUUUGACAAAGCUCUUCUUGCCAUUGGAAAUAUAUUGUUUGUAGCAGGCCUAUCCUUUGUCAUCGGCUUGGAGCGUACCUUCAAAUUCUUCUUCCAGAGACAUAAAUUUAAAGCCACCAGUUUCUUCCUGGGGGGCGUGCUCGUGGUUCUGAUUGGCUGGCCUAUCAUUGGAGUGGUGCUGGAGAUCUAUGGCUUCUUCCUCUUAUUCAGGGGCUUCUUCCCAGUGGCAGUAGGCUUCAUCAGGAGGUUGCCUGUCCUCGGGUCCAUACUGAACCUCCCAGGGAUUAGUGGAUUGGUGGACAAAGUCGGCGAGAGCAACAACAUGGUAUAACAGUGAACAUCUUUGGAUUGGAGGAUAUGAAAUUGCUUUACUCUAUUUAUAAUAGUUUAUAUUAGUGACUUUAUUCUCUGCUGGUCAACUAUUGGACAAGACUACCCCCAUGUUAAAGGUCAAAGCUAUGAAUCAGAAACCUCUUUCUGUUCAAAGGAAAAUAAUGUUCCUUUGGGCAGGUUUAUGAAUACGACUGGCAUCGUAAAGUUUGCUUUGACGGAAACGGUCUCAUAACCUGGUUGCCAUUGAUGGACAUUGUUACUAAGGGACUACUUUAUUUCAAUGCCCAAUAGGUGAAUUGGGCCCUUUUUUGUGUCACUGCCCGUUCCUGAUCGACUGAUUAUGAAGAUGAUUGACAUGUGACUGGACCAACCACUGUAUUGGGCAUUGUUAUGGAGGAGGAGUCUGGAAUCUGUUACAGCAGCCUUUCUUCUAGAAUGUUGUUCUGGAAUGUUGUCUGUACAGUCACAGAGAAGAGUGUUUUGGUUACCUUGAUGAUGAAGAGUUUCUGUUCAGGAGGAUGUAGCGUUACAGAAUGUUCAGAUAGAAAUGUAUUGUGUAGAACAGAUAUGAUUCUGUCAGAUAGGGAAUUAUGUCAGCUCUAUUUAAUCAAUUUCUAUCUGCAAUGUUCAGAAAGUUUUGCAUCACUAAAUACACACCUGCCUAUGGAUGGUCAAACUAAGCUGUUGAAGAUGAAUAGCCCUGUGCGCACAAUGGGUCACAAAUGGGUACAUUCAUUUAAGCUCGUCCAGGACACCGGGUGAGUUGAAUUUACACAUUUUAAACUAUUCCUUCCUAAAGUGAAAAUCUGGAUGCUAAAACGAAUGCAUCCAGUGCUACAGAUGUGUCUCUACAGCCCAGAUACUGCUGGCUUCACAGCAGCUGGGCUUUACGAGUCACUUUCUACUUAAUGUAUUAAGAGGCUUGUCAGAGAGAUGUUUUACUCAAUGUGUCUUUUGUAAAUACAUACUUAAAAUGGUGUGUUUUUAAAAUAAAUAAAUAAAAUGUUUGUCAGGCAAAUUUGUUUUAACACAUGAAAUUCAGAAGACUAAUGUAGAUUAAAAGAUCAGGCAAUGCUGCUUUUAAAACUAGUGAUGGACAGGUAACUGCCAAAAUAAAGGAAACGCUUGAGUAAAUUAGGAAUACAAAGUAUAGUGAAAGCAGGUGCUUCCACACAGGUGUGGUUGCUAAGUUAAUUAAGCAAUUAACAUCCCAUCAUGCUUACGGUCAUGUAUAAAAAAAAAAAAACCCAGUUGCCCAUUAUUUUGGAUACCAUGACUUGAAGAAAAUAUCUGUGACUUUUGAAAGAGGGGUCUCAAAGGAGCAUAGGGGGAUUAAAGGGUGUGUAUGUGUGUGUAUGUGUCAGUCACCAAAUCUCAACCCAAUUGAACACUUAUAGGAGAUUCCGGAGCGGCGCCUGAGACCGUUUUCCCCACCAUCAAUAAAACACAAAAUUAUGGAAUGUAUUGUGGAAGAAUGGUGUCGCAUCUCUCCAAUAGAGUUCCAGACACUUCAGUGCUAGCCUCCGGUUUUCAGGGGAAAUGGGGGAGCAAGCCAGUGAUGUGACUUCCGCUUUUGGACGUUAACAAGCCGACACUCCAUCUUAACUCCUUCACAUUUACUGGAUUGGUUGAACAUUGGUACACAAGAGAACCUCCCCGAAACGUUUUUUAUUAAAAAUUCUCGUCAAGACCAGAAUGUGGGCGAUUUAGUUUCAGGUGGUUUUUUUCGCCUGGCUACGUAAGGUUAAAUCUAUGCCAAGGAGCUGUUGAAGUAUUGAAGCUGUUCUGGCGGCCCAAUGCCCUAUUAUGACACGUGAUGUUGGUGUUUCCUUUAUUUUGGCAGUUACCUGUAGUUUGAAAUAGGACAUUCAAGGAAAUGUCAAGAUUUGCAAAUUGAACGCAGACAACUUGUGAAAACAUUACUCAUCCACCUGCCUCAAUGCCAAUGUAUAAUAAUAACAAUGUAUUCAUUCUGAGAAAAUAUGAAUAGGAAGUAAUUAUGGAGAAGAAGCAGGAAAAACUCAAAACAUUGAUCAACCGCCCUUGGGUCCACGCAUUCUCAAACGGAAACGUGUCUCCCUCGUCAAACUAACGAUGUCUUCGGGGUCAAAUAACAGGCAUUCACACCUCGAGCGUGUGGGAAGUGUCACAUUUUGUGGUCUCAUGCACCAGAGCCUAGAGUGGUUAGAAUACACCCGUGAUCAUUAGGAAGAGCACACGGUGUAAUCCAGUGAACACAGGUUAUACAUGCUGUGAAAGAGAGCGACCCGGCGCUACGUAUUUGCUGACAUAGUUGACACACACAGGGAACUUCAUUUAUACACAUUGACGAAGAUGUAAAUGGGAAGUUAGUGGUUCUGUAGAAGGAAAUUAAAGGCAAUGAAUAUACUGUACAUAUAUCACGAGCAGUAACCAAAAUAAGACUGUAUAAAUAGCAUAUAAUCCCUGAACGUUUACAGGGUACAAGCUAUAUAGAGGCAACAUACAUAAUGCAACAACCAACGAUUAAGAACAAUAUAUACAUGUCACACAACUCACUUUGGGCAUGCACACCAUCAUUUGCAUAAAGGAAGGGACCAGGAUAUCUGGUCACAAUGCAGACACAGUGGACUGAUAACAGACACAUUUUAAUACGAUGCGUAGACAUAUUUCUGGAAAUGUGGCCACAAUCAGAAUGUAGACAAGAUCAGGACAAAGGACCCAUGUUAGCACCAGGUAUAAACGGAGCUAGAGAGAGUUUGCAAGGCAGGUUUAUGGUACCCCCUAAAUAAGGCUCUGGUUGUGGGGAAUGUGGAGUGGAGUGGGCAGCUCAGGGUUGUGAGGCUGAUAAGUCACCAACUGUCAGGGAAUUCGUAACAUGCUCUAUGUUUUCUAUGUAAUGAAAAUCCUGUGUUCAGAGAGGUCGAAAUAUCACAUCUUAGUGUCUUUCCAUAACGGCAUUGAUGUGAUAGUGUCCAAGAUGCAUGGAAGAGUUGGUCCGAAAAAAAGAACUAUUAUUUGCAAACUUUUAACUCUGAAUCAGAUAUUUCGAUCCCGUGGAUUAACUUUCUAUCUCAAGAGUGAUGACAGUUUGAACAGCACCUCGCAGUUAGCCCACGGUGGCUUACGUAUUUACGCACGAGGUGCGAAGGAAUAUGUCCCCAUAUAGUACCCAGUUCAUGACUAAUGGGGACCAGGGACAGUUAAUAAGAAGCCAACGACUUGUUGUAGAUGCAAAUACCAUAUUCUAAUAGAGAGCAACUGAAGAAAGACAUCUUAUAGAAAUGAAAGUAAGUAAAAUAUUUGGCUAAAUAUAGCGAUAAUGAUGUGCUUUGAUAUACUGUAUCGGAUAACUCUUCUAGGCUUAACAAUACAUUAUUGAAUGUUAUUUUCAUUAAUAACUGGUGGUUGAAAGAGUAACAAUGGUAUGAUUAUUCAAUUAUCGUUUUGUGGGGACAUGUACUCUUUUACGUACAUAUUGGUUUGUCAGGGUGCUGAUAAAUAUAUAAAAAGACGUUUCGGGGAGGUUCUCUUGUGUAACAAUGUUCAACCAAUCCAGUUUACAGUAGCCUACAAAAACGUUUCCUCAUAAAAUACUUCAUGAUAUAAAGACAACGACAUUUUCUUGUUACAGAGUUUUCAGACCUCAACGACUCUCACACUCGCGCUACUCUUGGUGACAAUGGUGUCUCAUUCUUGGAGCGCGCCACAGCGGAGAAACUGGAUUCCUCAGGCGAUGCUGUACUUAAAAGGCGCGCAGCGAGGACACUAUCGUUUCAUAUCAGAGGGAAGAAAAGAAGGGGACUCUUUACAUUUAGUGACCCGCAGUGAAAACACAGAUUGGUGUCUGGUUGCAUCAGCUCUUCUCAGUCAUACAUUUGUUUUCUUUCCAGCCAGGGAAAACUCAGAUGAUACAUAUUUUCAAGACCAACCAAUGUGGAAAACCAACUAUGUUGAACGAUGAGCAUCUUUAUAUGUUCUGUAUGUUCUGUUGAUGCAUCUAAUACCAAUUUGUUAUUUUUGAGCUCAUUGAAUAAAAUUAUAUUAUUCCAUAACUUGCAGCAAACGUCAUUUAUUAAGAAAUUAUGUAAUAAUAUAAUAUAUAAAUAUUUGAUAUGAUGUCCAAUUGUAUUGCCACUGGACUCAUUUUAAAGGGGUUUCCCCUCAAUCAACUCAGAGGUGAUUAGAAAAAAACAUCUACGCCUGUCCCCAGGCUACAUAAAGUAACUCUGACACCGGACAGUCACGCCACCAUAAUUAACAGCAGUAACACCACUCUGAACACCAUUCAGACCCACGUCACCAUGGUUACACGAUGGCCAUGUUUACAUUCUCCUCACAGAGGUUGCCCCAUCACACUGAUGUGGGAUGACAUGACAGACACGUUUCUACUGGUCAGACUGAGGGCACGCGCCAUAAUGUGUGUUGUUAGGACAGUACUGUGACACUCCAGGACAUCCUGCAAUGUUUGACACCCUAGAGCUCAAUCUGAGCAUGAAUGGGGGAAAAAAACUAAAGUUGCUGUAAAUAGUAUAUUAUGUGUUUGUACAUGCAUGCAUUAAAUUAUCAUGAAAAUACAGAUACAUUAUGCGACAAACAAUGAUGCUUCUAAAUCUGAACCAAAUAAAUGAUUGUUGAUUAAUAAUGGUUUCAAUCAUUUUAAAACAAAGAAUUGAGAGAAGACUUCAUUCAUUCCAACACCAAUAAAUAAUAUUUUUUUAUUAUUAUUUUACACAUCAAACAUGAUUAACAACCCUUAAAUAAUCCUUCACUUUGACUAGGGAAAAAUAACUGAAGCAUUUGUUGAUCCCACAUCUGAAUGAUACAUGGUUUUUUAUACAGCCUAGCACUUUUCGUGGUUUUUAUAUAGCGCUUUUCAUGGAAACAAAGACGCUUGAAUCUGCCCCUUUUCCAGUUAAGCAGCCAUGUGCAAAGUAACCCUGACACCUAAUGCUCUGGACCAUGAGAACAAACACCCAGAUGCCAGGAAAGCUAAGAAGAUUACAAGUGUGUAAGAUAACAGCAGUGACAUUGUGAAAGUGUAUUUUUGGAAGCUGUGUCAUUUUUUAACCAUUUGUCUCAAUUCAAACUUGAGUUGGUUUCGGGUGUGGUUUGAUGUGGGUGUGUUGUGUGUGUUUGCAGGUGGAAAGAGUUA